AUGCCAGCGCCGGCCGCGAGGUUCGUCGGCGUCCUCGCCGCGGUGAGCGCGGUGGUGGCGUUUGUUAGGGCAUCCCCCCGCGCGGCCCAAAUGGACUCGCUCGUGCUGGGCGACCCGUCCAUAAUGCGCCAGAGGGCGAACGGGCGGAGCACGGAACGUGCCCCGCAGGGGGAUCUCCUGUGGGGCGCGGACGCGUCCACAGCCGACCGCAUCUGCACGCGAAACAGGCACUAUGCGGAGCACAGCGGCUACUUCCGGACGACCAAUUUCCUGGACGAGGUGGCCAGCGACGGCGAGACGACGUACUACGACAGCGUCAGCGGCAAGCCCCUGUUCGUCGCCCCCCGAGGCAGGAGCUUUGACGAGUUCGUGAGGGAGUCCAAGGCGCACGGCUGGCCGUCGUUCAGGGACGAGGAGGUGGUGUGGGAGAACGUCCGCGUGCUCGAGGGAGGCGAAACGGUGUCGCUGGCGGGGACCCACCUGGGGCACAACCUCCCCGACGGCAAGGGGAACAGGUACUGCAUCAACCUGUGUUGCGUGGCUGGGAGGCCGGCGUGA